UUAGAAAUGGUUUAGAACUAAUGUUUAAUAGAGGACGCUGGGAGCGUUCUUGUCAUAUGUCACGCGGUCAGCUGACUGAUCUCGUGAAGUACAUGAAAAUAGUGCUGAAAAAUGUCUUCGAAGGAUAGACUGGCGAUUUUCCCCUCUCGAGGGGCCCAAAUGUUAAUGAAAGCGAGGCUAAAGGGGGCCCAGAAGGGCCACAGUCUGCUCAAAAAGAAGGCGGAUGCGUUGCAAAUGCGUUUCCGUAUGAUUUUGAGCAAAAUUAUCGAGACCAAGACACUUAUGGGCGAAGUGAUGAAAGAGGCGGCGUUCUCGUUGGCUGAGGCUAAAUUUGCGACUGGGGAUUUCAACCAGGUCGUGUUGCAGAAUGUCACAAAGGCCCAAAUUAAAAUCAGGACUAAGAAAGAUAAUGUGGCUGGUGUGACUUUGCCUGUCUUUGAGUGCUAUCAGGACGGGACUGACACCUACGAACUGGCCGGUUUGGCCAGAGGUGGCCAGCAGUUGGCCAAACUCAAGAAGAAUUACCAAAGCGCUGUGAAGCUUCUUGUUGAGCUUGCGUCACUUCAAACGUCUUUCGUCACUCUAGACGAAGUUAUCAAAAUUACGAACAGAAGAGUCAAUGCUAUUGAACACGUUAUUAUCCCGAGGAUUGAGCGCACUUUGGCCUACAUUAUCUCCGAACUGGACGAACUAGAACGUGAGGAGUUCUACCGUUUGAAAAAAAUCCAAGAUAAGAAGAAAGUCGCGCGUGCUAAAGCUGAUGCCAUAAAGGCCGAUAACAAAGCCCGCGAACAGGCGGCUGAAGUGGCUAAUCUGCUAGAUGAAGGAGACGAAGAUCUUCUUUUUUAAAUAUAUUUUUUUAAGUGUUGUAUAAAUUUCUGUACAAAGUUGCAAACUUUGAUAUUACGUGUUUCACUAUAGCCAAGUAUUAUUAAGUCGCUGAAAAAUCGGUCAGUUGCGAAGUUUAGGGGUUGGUUUCAAAUUAGAGCGAUAAGUGAAAAUUCCAUUUUUUUUCUAGUUUGUUGAUUUAAGCGUAAGUUGUUUUAAUUGAAUGUAUAUUUACAGUUGAUAUCAAUAAAAUAGUUGACACGAAA